AUGUUCCGGUUAAGACGUCGGCGGAAACGGUUUGACUUUGCGUUCCAUAGAUGGGAAAAAAAGAAUCCGGAAGAAGAACGCCGUCAUUACGUGAGGACGCCGGCUGACGUCAUGACGUACAUGACGCACCAGGAAGCGGACGGCAAUUGA